GUGAUAGGACCCCUGAGCCUCUGAAUCUGGGAACCGCUCAAGGGACCGGCCGCCAUCGAACCACCUGAAGGGGGAAUUUUGCCAAGACACCGAGGAACCGACCAGUUUGAAGAGAGAUGGGUUGUCGAUGUUGCAAGAAGCGAAAGGACAGCCAAGAGCUCACCGACGUCGAACGGGCCAUUGAAAUUGUCAUCAACAACUUCCACUGUUACGCCGUCAAGGGCCGCAAAGAGUGUCUGACGGCCAAUGAGCUGAAAGAUCUGGUCGGGCAGAGGCUGCCCCAUUUAGCCAAGAGCGUUGGGCCAUUGGAAGAAAAGAUUGAAUGUCUUGGAGAUAAUGAAGAGGCAAAACUCCAGUUUGGAGAAUAUUGGGAUAUAAUGGGAGAUGCCGCGAAAGGUUGCCACGAGCCGAAAGGGAAGAAGUAACAGGCGGAGACGGAUCCAAAAGACGACAUUGGACCCAUUGCACAGAAGAACUGGGCGAUUCCCACCUUGAUCUCCAGUGUAUUAUUAAUACAGUGUUAAUAUUUUGGGACUCUUCCUACCCACUCAUCUUCCUUUCCUAAGGUUUUUAUCAAGAAACUUUCCACCACAGAGCCAGGAGGCUUUUAUUCCGGAAAGGCACCAUCCCAGGCCUUUUCCAAUUUUAAUUUUCAGAGCUCCUGACGCCCAACUUUAGAAUUUUCCAACCGUUUGGGCCUUUUUUUCCCCCCCC